CCCAGAUACCUUCAUGCUUACGCUUCGUUUAUAAAAUAUAUAUUUAUAUUUUAUUUUCAUAUCGUUCCUACUAGGCUUUUGCCUAAUUGUAAACUGUUACCCUUAAAUCCAAAACUUUGUUUUUUGGGUACCUUCUGGUCUAAGGCUCAUUCCCUAUCGACUCCCGCUGUAUAUCAUUUUUAAAUUAAAACAUUUUAAAUCCCACCACUUUUAGAUAUACGAUUUGUAAUCUCGCCUUAACCUGGGAUUUUAUUAAGGGUAUAUUGGUUGUUUUGUUUAUUUUCAUCAAAUUGUCUGUAAUUAACCCAUUCUUUUAUAAAAAUGGAUAAAAAUUGGAAUAAUGAAACUAAUUCUGAGGAAAAUUUGUCUAAUAUGGGCCUCGAGUCCCUAUCCUUGGGUCAAAGGCUAUUAUCUAAAUGUUUAAAAAAGACGGGUAUAAGUGUUAGUGUCCGGGGUAUUGCAGUUAACACGACCAGCCAGAUUAAGACUGCCGGAAGCGCCUGGAAGUCAGAAGCAAAGUACGACUCAAACGUUGAAACUAAAACUGGAACACUGGACGACGUGUCAUUCCCAGAUCUACUCGGGUCAAGUAACCGCGAUGUUAGUGUAAAUAAUCGUAUCUCUGAAGCCUCCAGCGUUACAAAUGACCAAGAUCGCCUUUCUAAAGAACCUCGAAGUACUAGGUACAAGUUCAAGCACAGAAUUUCGAGUGUUAAGUCGGUUGCAAGCCCAGGAUUCCAUAGUAGUCGUGACAGCAGCUAUUCAAACUCUUUGUCUUUCAGGAAUUCCAGCAACGAAGACUCUGACAAUAUCCUGGGUACUGACUUCCUGAUGCCUGGAAUGAAGGGUAACUACCCCCUGGGAUUUACCAACUUCAUUGGAAGAGGCGUAGAGUCUCCACCUCCACCUCCACCCUCAGUUCCAUAUCCAGCUAACCCUAACGGCAUUUACCAAGGUUUUCAGCAGUAUGCCACAAGGCUGAAGAGCUCGAGACCUCAAAUGUUUAAGCCAAACGUCAUGGUAGGGUCGCCUACUGUAUCGGACUCUAAUUGGCUUGAUAACAAAAGUGAAGGAUACAAUGAGGCAGAACUGACAACUGCAAUUGACACCCUUAAUCACUCAAUUCUGUCAGAUAGAGCACCGGACGAUGGUCUAACAAUUAAGGGGUAUGUAUCUGAUAAGCUGUCCCAGCCUUUUCUGGAUUUAACCAACUUCAAAGACAACUCCAUUCUUUUACAAGAUUCACAAACAAACAAGUUGGAUGAAAGACUUGUCGGCCAGCUUGAGAAUAGGCUUACAAACCAGCUAGAAAACACAUUAUCAGAUCAAAUCGACAACACACUAUCAAAUCAGCUGGAAAAUACACUUUCAGACCAGCUUGACACUACAAUUCGUGAAACCCUCACAACUACUUUACCAGCUGGAGUAGAGAAGCGUAAAAAGGAUCGUUAUUCAAGACGUAGAAAAUACACUAGUUCGUCUUCUAAUGCUCAAAAUGCAAAUUCUAAUCAACCAAACACAAAUGCGAAACCUCAAAAGGAUAAAAAGGACAGGUUAUUCACUAAGCCUGACCCAAAUAAAUCCAAUGAGGUUCCAACUUCUCAACCUCCAAACGCCACACCUUCUACAGAUCCCCCACCUACAACUGGCGUUUCUGAUCCACAACCUUCUGUCCCCAAAACUGAGAAGCCUGCCACUUCAGGCAGUGGCUCUGGUAGGUCUCGUAGAUCUCGUCACAGGGCCAAGCCACGUCCUAGGGACGAUGAUGAGAGCUGGAGGAACUCCGCGAAUGAAAAGCCACAAAAUAACGCAGUCAAUUCAGAGAAUAAAACACACGAAAGGAAAUAUUUCAAAAGUAAAUCUAAGCAUAAGCAGCAGCAAAAUACUGACUCAUCAGCCACCACUAAUUAAAGUUGAUUAAUCUCUUUAAUGACAUU